CGCCGUCACGGCAGUCCGCAGUGCUGCAGUACACGCUGCUGUACAGUGCGAGUCGCGUGUAUGUGCUCACUCUUGGGAUAGUGUUAGGUUGUGACAGUAUUCUGAUCCUUGAAUACUUCAAAUUCAGUUUUGGCAUUUUCUUUUGUCACAACCAUCUAUACCUUUAGGUUUAUUUAUCCAAGUUCGUGAUUGUUCUACAGUACUCCUAGACUGUAAGAGUUAUUUGGACGUAUCAGAAGUGAGCCGUGUCGUGCCGAUGUGUUGACACCAAAGUGACGAUGUAUCGGAUCAGACUGUACAUAGUGCCGGAGGGCGAGUGCGAGGGGGAAGGCGAUGACGUGCCUGGAGAGGAGAACACCCCCCGGGCCAACCCUCACAGAUCACACUCUGACAAGGAGUUUGACCUAGAGCAGAAGAUAGACCUAGAGAUCAAGAUGCGUGAAGGCACCACCAAGCUACUAGCAGCGUGUAGACAUCAGGCCACUACACUGGAGGCAGCUAAGAGUCUGUUGACCAGCAACGAGCGCAUGUCUGCAUACAUGGCAGAGCUGCAGCGUCGUCGUCGAGAGUUACCACCGAGGCUCAUCGGGAGCGGGUGCAAGGCACGAGUGUGUCUCUCGGACCUGCGUAUGCCUCUCAUCUGGAGAGACACAGACCAUUUCAAGAACAAGGGAGACUACCGGAGGUUUGCUGUGUUCUGUCUGGCUCGUAUCGGCACCGAGGUGUAUGACACGUCGCUGCUGUGUCCUGUGGAUCGAUCUCUCACAGAUCUCACCUUUCCUGACAUCCUUGUCUUCAACCCAAUACCUGCUGACUUCACAUUCCAACUGGAAGUGUACAGUCACAUCCUACAAGAUGACAUGAGCAUUGCGUCCACUCCUCGCAAAAUCAAGAAGACCAUUCACAGUUCCAUCAGCCGCACGGUGGGCAAGAAGCUGGCUGCAUCUCUGCGAGAUGAACUCAACAAUGGCAAAAUAGGUCCACAUUUUGAGCUGAUGGCUUCAGCUCGAUUGACGUUGGACGAUGUCCAUGAUAACAUCCAUACAUACGACCUUAAGCUGGAAAAUCCAGAAGUACGGAGUCAUGCGCUGCCCUUGUUUGGUCACUUCUGCUGUCGUUUAGCAGCACAGCCGGAGUGUACUGUGGGGGAGGUAGCGGCGGGGCCUCUAUGGGCCUGGGGGGGCCCUGAUCCAGCCUGGGCCCGUCUACACAACUUUACACUACAACUGUGGCAGGACAGAGAGGCUUACACCCAGGGCCUUCCCAGCUUACAGACUGUAGUCAUUGAUAGGAAUACUGUGAUAAAGCCUGUGAAGGCUUCUAAGUUGGAGAUGGAGGUGAUGAAUGAGAGCGGAGGACAGCAGGAGGGAGUGGUGCUGAGGACGGAGACUGCUGAGCAGAGGGACCAGUGGCUGAGGCAUCUGCAGCAGCACAUACACGAUCACAAGAGGUGGAAGGGUGCAGCAGAGAAGACCAUGGAGAUAUACAGUUCCGGGUCAGGUCGCCAACUGUUUACCCGUCCUCUACGUCAGGGCUCUCUCUAUGAUGAGACACCUAUUAUCGAAACAGUCCAGCCCACCGACUACCGGCCAACAGUACAUGAGAUAUUUGGUCUAACGCCAUCAACAAGUCUUUCGUCCUGCUCUUCCUCUUCAUCCCCGACUUUUCGCGAGCGCUCACUCAGCUCCAGUGGCAGCAACAAGUCUCGCUCGGUACGCUCUCAUUGGCCGUUCUCUUCCAGAAACAACGACUGAUUUCUCUUCUCUUUUUUACACAGAAAAACCAAAACUCUCUUCUAGUCUAAAAUGUUUGGUUUGUUUCAGUGUGUUUUGUUAUCCGAGUAAUUAUAAAAGAAUGAAGAAGGUUUAAAUUAUUUAAAACUCAGUGUACGUUUUAAAAUUGAAUACUUUAAAAACUAAAUUUCCUGUUUUCUCGAUGGAACUACAGACUGUUGUGUUUAGCGUGUUGUAUUGUGUUAAAAUAUUCAUGUUUAUUUAGAUAUAGAGAUUUUGAGAAAUUUAUAACUUUGUUGAUUUAGUUCUCUACCGUAAGAUUUUUACUGUCAUGACAUUAUAAAAAUUAGAACGUUACUCCCUAUGUCAUCUGUCUGAAAGUUUUCUAGUGAAACUAUCAUAUUGUUAGUAUCUUGUAUGCUUUAAAGUACAAACUAGACUGAACCUAAUGUGUCACCUUCUGAUUGUGCUUUAGAUUUUAUGUUUUGUUACUUUUAUAUAUUGAAGAAGAGUGCAAUUAUUUAAAGUUUGUUAUUUAACUUAUUUGUAUAUUUUGUCCAUUUGCUCAAAGUGUGAUGUCAAAAUUAAAAAGAAAAAUGUAUAUAUAGCAAUUUUGAAUAACAGGAACUUUUUGAAUCACUGAAAUUAAUUAUUUAUCAAUUCAAUAAUACACCAGGUAGAGUGUUCUCAGUUACAGGUUAAUAGUUGUCAGUUUCCUUGUCAUGGUCAACUGUAUGGUGUUUUUGUAACAUAAUACAAGAAAUUUGUAUGUUAAAAAUAACUUGACCCUUUUCUUGGCAGUUUUCUUAUUGUUAUUGGUUUCUUUAGUUUAACACUAUAGUUAUUAUAAUUGUAAUCAAGUGAUUAUUUAUAAAAUAAAUCUUGCAUUGUAAUGAACAAAUAUAAAAACAAGUCUAACAUUUUAAGUAGGGUACUGUAUGCCUGUUGUCAAUUAAAUGUUGAGUCUACUAUUUUUGGAAUCAUAAUUAAUUGAUUUUUUGCUCUAAUGAAGAAGAAACUGAUAGUGUAAGAAGCAAUAAUCAUUUGGUAUAAUGUUGUUUCUUUACGUGAAAAUCCAUAAUGUAUGUUAAUUAACUGGUUGUAUUUAGAAUUAUUGUAUUCUUUUGAUGGAUUACUCUGUUUUCUAUUUAUCUAUUUUUAGUGUUAUCAUUGCCUCUUCUCAGUAUUAAACACACCCUCCCUCUAUAUUAUUGAAUUAUAAAUUCAUAUUCAUAAAAUGUGUUUGCUAAUUACAUAUUAACAAACGUU